GGCUGCAGUGUGUCUGAAGCGCUGCCUCUAACACUCUCAUGAAUUUUGGAGCAAGGGUGAGGAAGGAACAAAGAGUUUUUAAUGGAAUGACACACUGAGUUCUCCUAAAUAACAUUUACAGAAGAGAAUAUUCAGCUUCUCACUGUGGGAUCCAGUCAUGUCUGAAGAAGUGGCUGCAGUGGCUGGAGGAGUCAUUGGUGUUGUUGCCAUUUUGCUUCUCAUCGGAAUAGGAGUAUAUAUUUUAAGGAAAAGAUUUUGCUUCUCCAGUCAAUAUGAAGAGUUUUUCAAUCAAGUUCCACCUACACACACAGAAGUUAUUGCAGUGGACAAGGAUUCUAUGUCGUUGGGGACCCAUAACAAAGAUGCUGUAAUGAAACAUGUGCCUUUCAUUGUGCCACCCAAGUUCCGCGGCCGAGACUGGAUUGGUUUGGGAAAUGGAGAACGUAUUCAGGAUGACAGUGAGCCUUAUACUGCACCUGAUUUCCUCCCACGUUCAUCCUUUUGCUCUUUGGGAGGGGCAUACGUUGUUGGUUCCAUUAACCCUGCUUUGUACAAAUUCCCAGAAGAAAAUGAAGAAACUGAUUUUCCAGAAGGAAACAUUGGGCGUAUUUGGUUUGCGGUAGAAUAUGAACUAGAGACAGAGAGGCUUGUGGUGUCCCUCAUGAAAGUGAGAAAUUUACAGUUUGGGUCAGAUUCCUGUAAUCCGUUUGUGAAGAUCCAUCUGCUUCCUGAUGAGAGGCGCCAUCUGCAGUCUAAAACAAAGCGUAAAACUGUGAACCCACAAUUUGAUGAAACGUUUGUCUUUCAGGUUUCAGGUAAAACUGUACAUCAGAGGACUUUGAGAUUUUCCAUUUAUCAUGUGGAUAAAAUAAAGAAACACCACCUUCUUGGACAGGUGGUCUUUCCCUUGAAAAAUGAGUCAUUAACAGAUGAUGAGAAUGUGGUAAUCUGGAGAGAUCUGGAACUUGAAAACCUGGAGCCACCAUCAGAAUAUGGAAACAUCCAGUUCUCUCUUAGCUACAAUGAUUACCUGGGUCGCCUGACUGUUGUGCUGCUUCGAGCAAAGGGCUUACAGUUUCUGGAAGAACGUGGCGUAAUAAGUUCAGCUUUUGUCAAAGUCUCUUUCAUGAAUCACAACAAACUUGUCAAAUGCAAGAAGACAGCCGCAAUCUGUGGGACAGCAAACCCAGUUUACAAUGAAACCUUCAGUUUCAAGGUGGAGCACAUAGGGCUGGAUACAGCAAGCUUGAGUCUGGCUGUUUAUCAGAAUGCGCAAGGAGAAAAGAGCCACUUGCUGGGCCGAGUUGUAGUUGGACCGUAUAUGUAUACUAGAGGGAGAGAACUAGAACACUGGAAUGAAAUGCUUAACAAGCCAAAAGACCUGGUGAAGCGAUGGCAUGCUCUGUGCAUUAACACUUGAAAGUCAUGUAACAAAUCAAGUGAAAAUGGAAGCUUACUUAUCAUCAGGUGAAGUUCUUUACCCAAUGGUUGGGUAUCACAGGGUAUUACAGUGCAAACUAGGACUGAGAAAGAAACAAGAAACCUUUGAAUAUAGUCCAUUUGCUGGGACUGCAAAGAGGUCUUCUGCUGCUACAUUUCAGUGUUAUUAAAUUGUGCAACAAUGAGCAAUCUGUUUUCCAACUUC